ACACCACUAAUUGUUGUCGUUGUCAUUUUAUGUGCAUUAAGAUUUUGCAAAAAACAUAGAGAAAAUACUGAAGAAGCAACUCCCUUUGAAGUGCCGGAUAAAAGACAAAAUACAGCAGCCAGACGCAAAUAUUCUGAAAGCGAAAAUCAUAGAAUUAACAUUAAUGAAAGAAAAUUGAUAGAGCAAAGAAACAAACGUAAAAAUUCUUAAAAUGAUUGAAAAACCAGUUCACCCAAAAGCCCAUCUUGGUAGCGCCAUAAUAUCUUGCAUUCUAAGUUUAGUUAUUUACGGCACUCUACGCUUCUAUGCCGAAUGGUUUACAUCCACUCAAUUGACUACAAUAUUUGGUGGUUUUGUUAGCUCUUGGCUUUUUUUAUUUAGUUUAACCUCUUUGUCGAAUGUAGAAAUGUUAGUGUUUGGUGAUGAUUUUGCCUCAAAAUGUAUACCCGAAAUACUAAUAUGUUUAAUAAUGUCUGUCCUGGCAGCUGGUGUAGUACAUCGAGUGUGUGCUACCACCUGCAUUUUAUUUUCAAUUUUGGCCUUAUACUUUGUGGAUCGUAUUUCCAAUGAUUGUUAUCAUAAGUCUACCAUUGCUCCGGAGGCUAUACAUCCACGCAAAGGUGGCGGCAAGAAAAAUAAAUAAAAUUUGUAUCUCUUAAAUCUUUAAUCUAUGGAUUAUUUAAAAAAAAAAUCGAAUAUAUUUUUCUUUUAUAUUUACUACUAGUAUUAACUAUACAUAUGUAUAUGCAUUUUAAAAAGCAUCAACAGAUCUUUUUAGAAUAAAAAAUUAUGUACUUCUAAUUAUUAAAGCUUUAGUUUAUUUCGCAAAUAGUUUAUUUGUAGUAAUGAAUAAAAUUAAAUAAACUAAAAUACUUUAAACUUAAA